GUGAAAAGAUGCCUCAAGCUCUUCGGAUCAAACGAACAAGAUAAGCUGAAAAGGGUUUUACUUAGUUUUUGGAUAUUGUGAGACUCCAAAAACGGCAAAAUGCGGGACAUGCUGGGGAAACUCCACACCAUCAGCGAAGAGCAGGAGGACUAUGAGCCAGAGCUUACUGGACCUGAAUACGACGUAGACAAGAAGACUCUGACUCAAGAUGCUGUCAUUUUUGAUUACUCUACAGAAAUGGAUAAUAUCCUGGAGGAGUCACACUCCAUACGCAAAGAUAUGUCCAUGCUUAAUUUGGAGAUUCAUCGUCUGAAGAUCCACAAUGAGCGUUAUGGCACAACCGUGGGACGUCUCACUUUUCUAAAAAGGGACUCUGACUCCAUUGCAAGAGGAAUCCAUCAUCGAGCAGAGUCUCUGCAUAACCAAAUACAGAACCUGGGUAAAGAGUGCAGCAGGCUGGAGGAGAAAAAUGGUCCCAAUGCUGCAGUUACUCGCAUUGCCCGUACCCAGUAUGAAACUCUCAUGUGUUCAUUCCAUGAAGUCAUGAGUGACUACUAUAAGAUCGAGGAGAAACAGAGAGGCACAUGCAGGACAAGGCUCCAGAGGCAAGCUUCCAUAAUGGGGGCAGAAAUGAGCGAGAAAGACCUGAAUGAGUUGGUGGAAAAAGGUGGUGAGGGCUGGACUGAGCUGUCCCAGAACCUUUGCCCUGAUGGUGGCCGUUUAUGCCGUUCAGCCCUGGGCAACAUCAAAGGCAGACAUAAAGAGCUGCUGGACCUGGAGGCCAGAAUGAAGGAGGUCCAGGAACUGUUCCUCCAAAUAGCCAUCCUCGUUGAAGAGCAGGGUUUACUUGUUGAUAAUAUCCAAAUUAAUGUGUGCAAAACGGAGGACUAUACUGAAGAAGCAAAUUAUAAAUUAGUCAGGGCCAAAGCUCACAAGAAGAAGAACCCUUGUUUGCAAUGUUGUCCCUGGCUCCCAUGCUGGAAACAAAGUGGAGCAUUCUAAGACUUCAGUCAAUAAUGUACAAUUUAUUGAACAAUCAAGUUUAUGAGACAAAUGUUUUAACUACAUAAAAAGAGAUGGCAUCAGAAUGAAGUAUGGCUUGCAAUCAUUUUAAUUUAUGGGAACUUUAAUCUUUACAGAUACUUGGAUACUCAAAGUGCUGGAAUUACUCCAAUAUGUGAAGCUUGAUAUUUAAUGCUUAUAGAAAACUUUCUUGGUACAGUAAAAUGUCUCUAUGGUUACAUGAAUAAAUCAAUGGAGGUAGGUUUGUGACACCAGAUAAGUUGAGAUUUUAAAUGGAAAAUGUUUCAGUUUGGAAUAAUUUUAAGAUGUUUGGAUUAAAAUAAAUUCCUGCAGCAGUGAAUUGUUUUUGAGUGACGCACAUUUUGGCUAUACAAACAGACUUGAAUCUCGUGAGGAAGCAGUUCACAUGUUUGGAAAUGAGUAAGAAUUGGAUUCACGAGAAGAAGAAUGUUCAUAAUUAACAUAAGACAGUGAAUUACAGACUUCCCAGUGUCCAUGUUGCAAUUCUAAAAUGGACAUGGUUAGGGUUUUUAUAAUAUGAGCU